AUGGCGGCGCGCCGGGGACGGGAAGACGGUGCCGCGCCGCCCCCAGGAGGGGGCCCCGGACCAGGGCCCGGCGGCGGGAUGCGCAGUGGCAAGCGUGGGUGCUGCAGCCGGAGUCCGGCGCCCCCAGGAGCCGCGGAGAGCCCUAAGGGUCGGCAGCAGGUUCUGUUGGAAGAGGAGGAGGAAGAGGAGGCUGGCUUCUUUAGCCUGGCCCAGCAUGACCUGUUUGACCUGGACGGAGGUGAUGAAGCAGGAGAUGAAGAAGAAAUGUUCCUACAGGACCAGUCCCUGCUGGAGACCGUGCAGAGCUAUAUGGAUGCCUCCAUCAUCUCCAUCAUUGAAGACUUAAGCGAUGUCGGAGAGAGCAAGGUGACCUCGGACGACCAGAAUGAAGUGUCUCUGCUCACAGCCCUCACUGAGAUACUUGACAAUGCUGACUCUGAGAAUCCGUCACCCUUUGACACCAUUCCUGACUCGGAGUUGCUUGUAUCUCCUCGGGAGAGCACCUCGUUGCACAAACUACUGGGUUUUUCUCGAUCAUCCCCGGAAAGUGAUGUGGAUGACCAGUGGGGACCCAAGACACACACUAUGACCCCUACUAUUGGCAGGGUUGAGAUGUGUCUGUCUGAUCCCUCCUGGGAUCUUCCACCAACUCCCUUCUUAGAGACCUCUUCCCCAAAGAUCCCAGGAUGGAAGACCCCAAGAUCCCGGCCCCGAUGGGGUCAGCUGUCCCCCCUGCAGCGCAGUGAUGGAGAGGAGGAAGAAGAUGCCAGCCUGGGCAGAGACAGAGUCGCAACGAUGGGCCCGUCUCUAGACAACACUGAAGACUUCCCUAUGCACCUGGCCUGUCCGGAGGAGGAAGAAGAAGAGGAGGCUGCCCCAGUUGGAGAGGAAAGCAUCUCCUCUCUAAGUGAGCUCGUACGGGCCAUGCAUCCAUACUGUUUGCCAAGUCUCACAGUUUGUUUGGACUCUUCUGGGGAUGAGCAUGAGGAACAGACCAAAGAGUUGAUGCUGGCUGAAGGGGGCAUGGUUCUGGAGAUCCUAGGCCAAGGGUCUAUGGCUGGUGAGGCUCUAGAGAUUCCAGUGGUCCUGCGCCAUCUUCCUCCAGGCCAGAACAUGGGAGAAUUGGAGACUGAUCUUACUCAGCAGCUGCUAGAGUCUGACCUGGAAGCUGAGACCCCCAUGUGUGGGGAGCAGUCCUUUCAGAAAGAGCGAACAGUCCCAGGCAAUACUGAAGGUGGGAAAGAGAAGGAGCUAACAUGCACAGUCCUGCCUGGUGAUGAAGUGAUGCCAACAUCUGUUGAUGGCCCCAAAGGACCCUUUACAGAUGUGUCUUCAGAUACACAGAAAAGCCAAAGGGGCCACAGGAGUCGGAGAAAGAAGAAUGAAGUUCUGUUAGUGCCAGAUCAAGAUGGAGACAGGACCUAUAUUCGAAAGCUCAGGUCCUCUUCACGAAGCCAAUCCACCCCUGACAGCCAGUCCUCAGAACAGCCCCUGGAAGGGGUCUCCAGAGGGGUUCAGUCAUCCGGUGGUCGGCGAAAGCCCCGGGCCAGAGUGACUGAACCCAAAGAGAUGUUAAGUCUAGGAGAACCAGACUCAGCAGAGCCUGACUGUGCCUCACUGAGUCCCAUUGAACAGUCUGACCUGGCCAAAGGGGAGCCAGCGACCCUUUGCUCGAGCAGUGGUGAGACGUCCUUGGCCUCAGGGAAUUGUGACCAGUCACAGAUCCCAGAGCCAAGCCUUGAGGUCACCAGUCCCCAAAGUGAGGGGGUCUCGAGCUCCCCAAAGACAGAAUGCAGUGCCAACACUGGGGCCCAGGAAGCCAAACCCCGACCUUUGAGCCUCUCAGAGUAUUGGCAGCGAAGGCAGCAGCGCCAAGCAGAUGAGCAAGUGCCAGAGCCCCAGACCCCAGCUGGAAAGUGGCCCAGCAUCCCAGAGACACCUACGGAGCUAGCAGAGAUCCCAUGCCUCAUUGUCCCUUCCAAGACAGCUGAGCAGCAUGGCCUUGAAGUACCUUUAAGGCCCACUGCUCCUGGCAUGGCCAGGCAGAGGACAGCCCAGCAGCCAGGCCCCAAGCCGCCUGCAGGUUCCGUGUCCUCCAGCUUGGCUUCCCCUGAGACUGACCUCCCAUUGCCAGUCAAACAUACAUCUCUAGUGAGGCAAUCUGUGCACCCCACAAUGCCCAUACCCCCAGCUGUGCCUCCCACAGUGAGUCUUCCCCUGAAGAUUCCCAUGCCUCCAGCUCUGCCACCCACAAUGCCACCCCCUCCAGGUGGGCCAGGAAUGCCAUCCAUGGUGCCACUUUCCUCUAGUGGGCAGACAAUGCCUGAUCUGCUUCUCCCAACCCUCCCCCCACCCUGUCUCCCAAGGCCUCCUGAUUCCUAUACCCAAUUUGCCCCAGUGCCUUCCUGGCCCUGUUACCCCUCUGUGCCACCAUCUGUUAAUUAUCCUUGCUUGCCACCCCCAGUGCCAGGCACAUCCAAUGCCUUUCCACUCCCCAGUACCCCUGCUGUGCCUUGGGCCCUACCUCCUGCCCCAGUGACAGCUUAUGGUUCUGAUCAUUCUUAUGGGCCUAUGGGCUGGGGUCCAGGCCCACAGCCUCCUUAUUGGCCAGCUGUGCCCCCAACCCCAUUACCACCACCACCACCACCACCUCCUCCAGUAGCUCAGAGCAUCCCACCACCCACCCAGGCUACUGAUAGUUUCUCCACUGGGACCUGUGGUAGUAUACCUGCCUCCAGUGCAGUGUCUGUGGUUCCUUCACCUACUCUUGUGCCAACUUCCCAGGAAGCCCCUCAGAUAGCCCCUUCAAGAGCAGAGGUCAAGCAAGGGCCAGCUUCUCAACAACCCUUGAAGUCCUUGUCCCCUAGACCGAAACCCAGAGUGGCUACCCCAGAGAGCCCAGGUGCCAGACAGAAAGGGGUUCCUCCUGAGGAGCCCUUGCUUGAGAAGGGCCAACCCAUGUCAGAAGGUUCUGCCCCCCGGAACACACAGCCUGAAGUCAAGGAGAGUGGGCAUAGUGAGUCACUCUUAGUCCCUGUAGAUGCCACUGUGUCUGUGCCAAAGCAGUGCCGAGUGGCCAAGAUGCCUAGCGUCCAUCCAUCUAGACUUCGAAGACUCAACAUUCUGCCUUCCACACACUCCCAAGGUUCUAAGGAUGUGGUACAAGCUUUUAUCAGUGAGAUUGGAAUUGAAGCAUCUGACCUAUCCAGUCUUCUGGAGCAAUUUGAGAAGUCUGAAGUCAAAAAGGAGUGUAUUCCAGUGGGACCUGCUGAUACCUUAGCUAUAGGAAACUCAGGCAGGGUUGACAACUCCCAGGAAAAGCGACCUCUUGACCGGUUACAAGCCCCAGAGCUGGCCAACGUAGCAGGCCUGACCCCUCCUGCCACUCCACCUCAUCAGCUCUGGAAACCUUUGGCUGCAGUCUCAUUACUGGCCAAGCCAGGGUCCCCUGAUUCCCCUACCCAAGAUAGAGUGCAGAAGCCAGUGGGAAACAUGGAAGCCAAACGUGCAGCUGCAGCUCGGCUCCGAGGUCGCGUCCCAGGACCUAGCCCCGUUCAUGUGGGCUCUGGGGACCAUGACUAUUGCAUCCUAAGCCCUACAGUGGCCUCAGGGCCUGAGUUGGGUUCCCGCUGGAAUGUCAAACGACAUCAAGAUAUAACCAUUAAACCUAUCCUUUCUCUGGGCCCUUCAGCUGCCCUGCCAGCAUGCCCAGCCACAUGCCAGAAACAGCAGCUGGAUCAUAGGACUAGUGAAGAACUGGAAGCAGCCCCUCCAGCCCCAGCCUCUACCCCUGCCCAGCAGCCUUCUGUGCUGCUGUCCCCAGAGGCUUCACCUGGCCGCAAUGAUGACACUAGGACUCCCCCUGGGCCUUUGGUCAAGCAGCCGGUGCACUGCUAUCAGAAGGCCAUUGCUUCAUCCAGCCCCCCAGGCCAUGGGUGGCGAGGCCGCAGCAGCCGCUCCUGCUCCAAUGGGGCCAGUGAGGCAUCUUCCUCCUCAUCCUCCUCAUCCUCAUCCAGGUCCAGGUCCCGCUCCCAUUCUCAUUCCCCGUCCCGGUCCCGGUCCAGGUCUAUCUCCCCACCACCCAAGAGGUGGCGAAGGUACAGGUCCCGCUGCUCCCGCAGUACCCGAUCCUCUUCUAGGUCCAGCUGCGAUUCCUGGGGACCCUCUCGGCGGCGAUCUUCCUCGUCAUCUUCUUCUUCUUCUCCUUCUUCAUCCUCAUCCAGUUCUCAGAGCCGGUCUCGUUCUCCAUCCCCCCGUAGGAGGAGCAAUAGGAGAAGGAGGUACGACUACUAUGAUUCCCAGGACCACUACCAAAGGCAGAAAAUUCUUCAGAAGGAACGUGCAAUAGAGGAGAGGAGGGUGGUCUUCAUUGGGAAGAUUCCAGGCUGCAUGACUCGGUCAGAGUUGAAACACCGGUUCUCAGUCUUUGGGGAGAUUGAAGAAUGUACCAUCCACUUCCGCUUUGAAGGUGACAACUAUGGCUUUGUCACUUACCGAUAUGCUGAAGAGGCAUUUGCAGCCAUCGAGAGUGGUCACAAGCUUCGAAGAGCAGGUGAACAGCCCUUUGACCUCUGCUUUGGGGGCCGAAGGCAGUUCUGCAAGAGGAAUUAUGCAGACUUGGACUCCAACUGGGAGGAGUUUGACCCUGCCCCCGUGAAGAGCAAAUUUGAUUCAGUCGACUUUGACACAUUACUAAAACAGGCCCAGAAGAACCUUCGGAGGUAACCCUGGGCCUCCAGCCCCUGUCCCUCCAGAGGUCCCUCCCCCUCGCCCCCCUGGAGCAAUCUUUGCUUCUGGAUGAGGAGGGAAGAGCUGCUAGUGAGAUGGCUGUUUUAUAAAGAAAAUGGAAAAAUAAGUGAAAUUAAAAAAAAGUAAAAUGAGAUUUUUCUAAAAAAAAAAAAGUUUUGUUUUUAUAAAAAGUAUUUAACAAAAUUUGCAUUCCUUGUGAAGUGGGUGAUGCCUACUGCAUGGGCUGCUCAUUUGGGGAAGGUCUAAAUCACUAUGCAGAUCAAUAAACAAAAAAAGGAAAAUCUAUUGU